GCUACAUUCUCUUUCCUCCAAAACUAAAAUCACCUCACGUCACUUGCGCACCAUAGCUUUGCUUUCCUGUUCUCUUCAUCUUCGACGCCUUUGCUCUCUACUGCUCAUAUCAUUGCAUGCUCUGAAUUCCCUAAACCAGAAUCUAACAACCAUAAAGCAUCUAUCUUUCCUUUGUUUCUGCUCUGAUUUCUCUGAGAUUCUUUGAUCUUUCUUGUUGGGUCUUCCGAGUCUUGACCCGUCUCCAGUAUAGUAUUUCCUGGUGGGUUUGAAUGGGAUGGGACCCAUUAGAGGGUUGAAGAGAAAAAAGAAAGCAGAGAAGAAGUUUGACCAGGAUGUCCUCGAUGCUGCUUCUGCUCCUCUGCGGUCGCAACCCCAGCCCCCCUUGGAUUGGUGGGAGGAGUUCUCCAAGAGGAUUUCUGGUCCUUUAUCUCAAACAAAGAAUUCAAAGAAAUUUGAAUCAGUUCUAAAAAUUUCAAGAAAGACAUUCGACUACAUCUGUUCACUUGUGAAGGAAGAUAUGAUGUCUAGGCAAUCAACCUUCUCAGAUUCAAGUGGCAAGCUUUUGUCUCUAAAUGAUCAAGUAGCAGUUGCUCUUAGGAGGCUUGGUUCUGGUGAAUCAUUAUCAAACAUUGGUGAUUCUUUUGGGAUGAACCAAUCAACUGUUUCCCAGAUAACCUGGCGGUUUGUGGAAGCAAUGGAGGAAAGAGGACUGCAGCAUCUCCACUGGCCUUCAACUGAAGCAGAGAUGCAAGAGAUAAAGUCUAAGUUUGAGAGAAUUCGGGGCCUACCUAAUUGCUGCGGUGCACUUGACAUUACACACAUUGUCAUGACCCUGCCCACAAUGGACCCCUCAAAUGAUGUCUGGUUUGAUAGUGAGAAGAACUAUAGCAUGAUCUUGCAGGCAAUUGUGGACCCAGAGAUGAGAUUGCGUGAUGUUAUUGUUGGGUGGCCAGGAAGUUUAAGUGAUACCAUGGUCCUAAGGAGCUCAAGUUUCUUCAAACUUUGUGAAGAGGGGAAAAGGCUAAAUGGGAAGAAGGUAGAGCUGUCAGAGGGAACUGAGCUAAGGGAAUAUAUAGUAGGGGAUGCAGGGUUUCCCUUAUUGCCAUGGCUACUUACUCCUUACCAAGGAAAAGGCCUCUCAGAAUUCCAAGUGGAGUUUAACAAGCGACAUUCUGCAACAAGAAUGGUGGCACAGAUGGCACUAACAAGGCUGAAGGAGAUGUGGAAAAUAAUACAGGGAGUGAUGUGGAUGCCUGAUAAGAAUAGGUUGCCAAGGAUUGUUUUUGUUUGCUGCUUGUUGCACAACAUCCUCAUCGAUAUGGAGGAUGAGGUGAUGGAUGAUAUGCCCUUGUCUCACCAUCAUGACACUGGUUAUCAUCAACAAAGGAGUGAAUCAGUCGACAAUACUGCCUCAACCAUGAGGGAUCAACUUUCCCUCUACUUGUCCGGAAAACUGCCACUUUGAAACUGUUCUUUUCUUGGUGAUUCACAGUUGCUGGGUUAUUCAAUUUACAGUGAAUGCUGGAUAUCUUGUUUCAGUUCAUAAAUUUCUUGAGCUUUGCUACUAGUUGAACUGGAGAGUUAUAUUUGUUAUGGAGCUUCUUAUCUUACUAUAGAAUGACAUCAAUUUAUGUUGGCUUAUUUUAGAUUAUUCAAGAAAGGUGAUUUUUGAGA